GCUCCGCCAGCCUUCCAGGCUCCGGUGUUCGAGGAGAGGCUGCCUCCUGCGCCGCCGUUUGCGCCAGGAGAGGCCAAGCCGCACAAGACCUGUGAAGAUCCCAAGGACUGCCCCCCGACCAAAGCAAACGGCCCUUCCCACAAAGAGACGCCAAAGCUGAAGAGCGCUGGUGGUCAAAAUCGAUCACCCAAUCCGCCUCCCUUAAGGCACCAGCCGUCAUCGUUCGAUGACAGGCUGUUGGGUGCCUUGCGGAAGUGCUCCUGUCACUCCUGGUAUGCCGCCGAUCGGACAGCAGCACAUGCAGGCAUCGGCAACAUCUGA